GUCGGGAGGGGAGAGAGAGAAGGAGAUGGCCGCCGACUAGCACCAGGCAGCUUAAUCUUUGCUACUUCGUCAGCGAGAUUCCUGCGCUUUAACGCAUCUCUCACCCUUUUCCGUGGACGUUUUCAACAUUAUACGUCUCUUUCCAGCAUGGCAGAACAAAACAGCAACGUGAGGUAUCAAGAGCUGGUGAACGAGGAGGAGCCUGCCCAGCCGUCCCAGGAGGCUCCUGCCCAGGACGCACCCCCACCCUACAGCAGCAUCGCUGCAGCAAAUGCAGCUUUCUUUGACUAUAAGGAAGAUGGAGGGAGAUUUCCCAACCCGCCAUCCUACAACGUUGCCACCACACUUCCCUCCUACGAUGAAGCUGAGAGAACCAAAGCAGAGGCCGCGAUCCCGCUGGUCACCGGAAGAGUCACGGAGGACGACUUUGUGGCCCGGGAUGACUUUGAAGAUGCCGACCAGCUGCGAAUAGGGAACGAUGGCAUCUUCAUGCUCACUUUCUUCAUGGCAUUCCUCUUCAACUGGAUCGGCUUCUUCCUAUCAUUCUGUCUGACCACAUCAGCUGCCGGCCGAUACGGGGCCAUCUCCGGAUUUGGCCUGUCCCUCAUCAAAUGGGUUCUCAUUGUCAGGUUUUCUACCUACUUCCCUGGCUACUUUGAUGGACAGUACUGGUUGUGGUGGGUGUUCCUGGCCCUGGGCUUCAUGCUGUUCAUCAGAGGGUUUGUUAACUACUCCAGAGUGCGUAAACUGGUUGAUCCCUCCUACGCCACCCUUCCCAGAACAAGGGUACUCUUCAUCUAUUAGAGAUCUGUCCAUCGGAUUUAGGAGAUUGGAUAUAGAAGAACUGAACAUAGCAAAACAGGCAUCAACUCAGCGAGGAGUUUCAAACUAAAAUGAAGACACUUAUCAACAAUCAGCCAGAUGAGGAUGAAGACAGCUCACUAAAAUAUUCAGGAAUUAUAUCACUUGUUUUUAUUUUGAAAAUUUAUUAAUGGAAAACGGUAACAGUAAUAGUCCUUCAAUGUACUCAUUAGUGGCGAAUGUAAAGUGCUAUUCACAUUUACAUCUGUAAUGUAUAAGUAAUGCCUUAUAUCAUUUGAUGGUAGCGUACUAGCAUGCAUCUGCCCUUUGAAGUCAAUAAAUAGGGAAGAGUCUCAUGUUGGUGACAUUUUGCUGAAAGCCAACAGGUAUUAUUAUAAAGCGACAACACUUUGUAGACUGUCCAUAAGCAUGCAAUGCACUUUGUAAUCUACAGUAAUAUCACUUCAUGAUUUAUUGUGACUAUUAUAGGGUGUUUACAGAUUACCACACACACACACACACAUACACACACCUCAAAAAGCUAGGUAUCACUAGGCAGUAAAUGUUAAUGUUGAUAUUAUGUGCAUUACCACAUAAAUACUCACUCACCUGUUGGCUUUAAGUAGUGUUGCCCUUAUUCUGGCCAGUAGAGGGCAGUGUUCUCUGCUGCUUUUGAGUCGUUGCAAACUGUUCAUAAAAGGGCAUUCUCAUGAUAUAACAAUCAUGUGUGCAGUUCAGCUGUUUUAUCCAAAUCAGACACAAUGUCAGCAGAGUAGACAUGAAAACUGAACUUGCAUGAACUUGCAUUCAUGUGUCAGACAUUAUGAUUUUGCCCUUAAGCGAUUAUGUUGUACAUUAAAUUGGGGGAAAAUCCACCAUGGGAAGGAGUUCCUGUCACAUGACGUUAGACCAGUUCAGUCUACACUUGUGAACAUGAACAAAUCAGAUAUGACUGCAAACCAGGCGGCCAGAAUGUUGAGUGAAAAAUGCUGGAGCAGCUCCACUGACAGUGAAGGGGAAGGCUACACCCAGGGUGUUUUUUUUUUCUUUCUUUCUUUCUUUCUUUUUAAUGGACAUAUGGACACAUUUUCUGGUUCAUAUCUUAAAAAAAAACUCAUUUGGAUGUGAAGCACUGACCUUUGCAUGACCCCUCACUGAGUCAAAACGUAAGCAUCUCAUUCACUGCCACUGGAAAAACCCCUGAUGUCAUGACACAGGAGAGGCUUGGCUGUCAUGACGCUUUAGUGAGCUCUUUGAUCAGUUAUCCAAGAGCAUGAAAAUAAUGCAUGAAUUUCAUUUCAAGGUGGAUUUUUGCCCUGAGAUUCAGUAGUCGGGGGGGGGGGUUAUUGAAAAUGAUUGAAACAGAUGUUUAUUUUUGUUCUUUUUUUGUUCUUUUUUUUUUUUUUUUUUUUUUAGAAAAUUAUACAUAGUGUGUAAGUUAGUCAGGUAUCAAAACUAUGAUAUCAAAGAAUGUUGUAUGCAGGUGCACUUUUGGAAACAUACCAAUAAAAACCCAGGGGGACUUUUCCCCACUAUGCGAUUUAAACUCCAGACAGGUGAAACUUAACGAACGGUGUGGUGGUGCAGCAUCGCGUUCUGUUAUAUUUUCUUAGGACACACAACAAUAAUACUGAGGUAAUCGCUGUUAAUCGUGGACGAAAUUAACAUGGAUUUGAAUGCAGUGUAUGAGUCAGUCUGUUGUAGCAAACUCAACUGUUUGCCUUCUCCAUUCAUUUCGUAUUCAAUACUGCUACCAUGGCUUUGAUACAAACGCAUAUGCUUAUUUCUAUGUGAUGUAGAGCUGCAGCCUUUGGGUUUUGUUGUUAUGAAAUGUUUUAAACUGUUCAUGUUAAAUAAAUGUCACUUUUAAUGCG